UUGUGUUGUGUGCGUGUAGAAGAGAAACGCACUCUAAAGCAGGAUGUGGUUAAGGGAUUAUUGGGCUACAUUGGAAACUUAACUAGUCGAAGGAACCCAUACAGUGUACGGGACUGGUACACUGAAUUCAAAGGAUUACGGAUGUCGAAUACGGAAACGGAGUGGCAAUGAGAAGAGCGGCAGCAGCAAACAGUGGAGCUCAAGGAGCGGAUUCUGGAAAGACAAUUUCCACAGGACCAACAACAGCCAAGGAAAAUGGACCGACAACGCCGAGCCCUCCAGUCAGCCCUACGACCCCAAUCGCCCCGGUGGAACUGGGAGAUGAGCCACAGUCCUCCGUCACAGACGCCACUCGGAUGUGGAUAAAAUUUGCCAAGACCUUCAUCGUUAUUUUUCCCAUUUAUGUGUUGGGAUAUUUUGAGUUCAGCUUCAGUUGGGUUCUAAUAGGGCUUGCCAUCUUUUUCUGGUGGAGAAGAAAUCAAGGGCAUAAAAACAACAGACUGACCCGUGCCUUGGCGUUCUUGGAGCAUGAAGAGAAAACUGUCAAACAACAUUUGUCGACCUCUGAGUUGCCACCAUGGGUUCAUUUUCCAGAUGUGGAGCGAGUGGAAUGGCUCAACAAGACAGUGAAACAGAUGUGGCCAUACAUCUGUCAGUUUGUUGACAAGCUGUUCAGAGAGACCAUUGAGCCGGCUGUGAAGGGGGCUAAUGCUCACCUCAGCUCCUUCUGCUUCACCAAGAUCGACAUGGGGGACAAGCCUCUAAGGGUGAACGGGGUCAAAGUGUACACUGAGAAUGUGGACAAACGACAGAUUAUAAUGGACCUGGAGAUUAGCUUUGUUGGAAAUACAGAGAUUGAUGUUGACAUCAAGAAAUACUACUGCAGAGCUGGUAUAAAAAGUAUACAGCUUCACGGUGUCUUGAGGGUCGUCAUGGAGCCCCUGCUCGGAGACAUGCCAUUGAUCGGAGCCCUGUCAGUUUUCUUCCUGAAGAAGCCUUUGCUGGAUAUAAACUGGACAGGCCUCACAAAUAUGCUGGACAUUCCAGGAUUGAAUGGCUUGUGUGAUAACCUGAUCCAAGACAUCAUCUACAGCUACCUGGUCCUGCCCAACCGCAUCACCAUUCCUCUGGUGGGAGAGGCUCAGCUGGCUCAGCUACGCUUCCCAAUACCUAAAGGUGUCCUGAGGAUUCACUUCCUGGAGGCCCAGGACCUGUUAGGGAAGGAUAAGUUCCUGGGGGGCCUGAUCAAGGGCAAGUCAGACCCGUACGGUGUCCUUCACAUCGGCAACCAGCUGUUCCAGAGCAAGGUGGUCAAGGAGAACAUCCAUCCCAAGUGGAACGAAGUCUAUGAGGCUUUGGUGUAUGAGCACUCAGGACCACAGAACCUGGAGAUAGAGCUGUUUGAUGAGGACACAGACCAGGAUGAUUUCCUAGGAAGUUUACUGAUAGAUGUGGCUGAGCUUCAGAAGGAACAGAAAGUUGAUGAGUGGUUUGUCAUGGAGGAGGUGAACACCGGAAAGCUGCAUUUAAAACUAGAGUGGCUGUCUCUGCUCCCCACUCCUGAAAAGRUGGAUCAGGUGCUGACCAGUAUUAAGGCUGAUAAAGGCCAGGCUAACGAUGGCCUGUCGUCUGCCCUUCUGGUGGUCUACCUGGACUCAGCAAGGAACCUUCCAAGUGUGUUCGAGGGGAACUUGGGUUCUGGCUACUUAAAAGAGAGGAGAGCUUCGGGCCUAGUCUUUUGUGAGAAUACAGCCUCUCUCUAUAGGACCUUAUUUCGCAAUCCUUUAGAAUUCAACCAUGACGGUUUGAAGAAGGCCUCAGUCAGUAAGGCCAUCAAGUCUGGUAAGAAAGUGAGCAGCGUCCCGAGUCCCUUUGUACAAUUCACAGUCGGCCACAAAACCUAUGAGAGUAAGACGAGGUAUAAGACCAACGAGCCUGUAUGGGAAGAGGCGUUUACUUUUCUCAUCCACAACCCCAAAUGCCAAGAGCUGGAGGUCGAGGUGAAGGAUGAGAAACAUGAGUGUUCCCUGGGGACUCUGAACCUGCCCCUGGUCCGUCUCCUAGAGGCUGAGGACAUGACACUACACCAGCGCUUCCCUCUCAAGAACUCUGGGCCCAGCUGCACCCUCAAGAUAAAGAUUGCACUGAGGGUUCUGUGUCUGGAGAAGCUGAUAGCAUCAGACCAGACGUCCUCGGUGCAGGUUCGUAAGGCUAGCACUAGUAACCCCAUCCCCAUGAAGACACCGUCAGUCUCCGAACCCCCCAACCCUGUCCCUGUCUUGGACCUCCCCAGCUCUGUGGCCGCCUCCACCCAGGAGCUCCACAGGAGAGGGGGGGAUGACGAGCCCUACUCAGGGGGACCGGUAGGCAUCGGCCUGGCCGACGCAGGUAGGAGCACCUCCAACCUGGCCAUCUCUGGCUCUCAGAAACACCUGGCCCACAGGGGGUCAACCCCCAGCAUCGCCUCAGACAUCUCCAACCCCUACGCCACACAGGAGCUCCAGCAGAGGCUGAGAGAGCUGCAGAAUGGCUCAGCCAGUCAUUUCCCCCUGGGUGAAGUGCAGUUGACUGUCAGACACAGCUCUCAGAGGAACAAGCUCAUCGUGGUGGUGCACACCUGUCGAAACCUGAUUGCGUUCWCAGAUCACUUGUCAGAUCCAUACGUGCGGCUCUAUCUUCUACCUGACAAGCGAAGGUCUGGGAGGAGGAAAACCCACACGCACAAGAAGACACUGAACCCUGUCUACGACCAGAUAUUUGAGUUCAGUGUGUCGAUCGUGGAGCUACACAGGAGGACUCUGGACGUGGCGGUAAAGAACGGAGGAAAUAUCUUCUCCAAACACAAAGGGCUGCUGGGGAAGGUUCUAGUGGAUCUGACUUACGAGGAUAUCGCAAAAGGAUGGACACAAUGGUAUGAGUUGAGUGAGGAUGGUCUGAAAAAACCUCUUCAGCAGCUAUAGACUACACCAUGAGAGUUAGAGGAGGACCUAACCAAGUCUUCAACCAUGUAUCAUUGCCACUAGAGUCUGCAUGUGUCAAGCAUCUCAGAGUAGUGCUGAUUUAGGAUCAGUUUGGCCUUUUAGAUCAGAAUAAAUAAGAUAAUAUGGACAUGAAUCCAUAAUAAAUAAGAUUACAUAGACAGGGGGGACAUGAUUGUAGAAUCAGCACUCCUACUCUGAGACACAUGAUACAUACAGCCCAAAUCUUUUACAAACGUAACUGCCUUUUCCAUACAGUUGCUUUUUAAGCCCGUGGGCAAAUCUUCUAUUUGUUUUCCCUUUUUUAAUUACGGUUAUUAUUAUUUACAUGACUCGCAAUUGUAAAAAAAAGCUUUUGAUAUUCAUUUAUACACAUCAGUUGCAUCGUUAUCGCUACCCACUUAGAAACUCUCCAGUGCAAUAGUAAGAAAGGGAGUAUGUGGUGUUAAAAUGAAUGAAAAAAUAAUUCCAUAUUUAAAGAGGAAAAAUGAAUGAAAAAAGAAUUCCAUAUUUAAAGAGGAAAUUGAGGACCGUAACAAAAUAUCUAUUUUCUUGCUACGGCUGUGACAGCAGGUUCAACCGCCUUGGUUUAUGUGGGGAAUGUACAACAUAUAUGUACAAUGACAAUGAGGACUAAUGAUGAGGUUUAUUAUAGUGUUAGUAGAGGGAGGUUUCGCUUGGUCAAAAUUAACAUUUCAUUUUUAUAAUUAAACAAACUACAUAUAAACUCUACAAUCUAAAAAUAUGAACUUUGUCAGAGCAUGGCGCUACAAGUUGACAGUCUCCCCUCUAAGUUAAAUAGUGCACCUAGUACAGUACUUGGCCACCAAAGACACAAGUGUUUCAUUUUAUUGCCUACAUGGGGUUUUAACUAAGCCAAAUAUGUAUGCAUGUUUGCACAGUAUUUGUUUCCUUAUUUAAAGUCUUUCAAAGCAUAGUGUUUAGGGACAGUAAUAAUAACACAACUUGCUCUAGUUAACCUCACAGGAAUAUUCCAGCCUUCUUCAAGUCAUUGUGGCUUAUGAUAAUUGAUUUUCCAACUCUGAAAUCAGGACAGAUCAAUUAUGUAUGGUUGGUGAAAUAUAUGUAUCAUGUUUGUUAUCAAUAAAUAUACCAGUCUUAAUUCUGUUUUUGUAUUACGAACACAUUUCAGCAUGCAUAUCUUAGUCAAAGCUUCUCUUUAAUGCAAUCGCUUGCAAAAAAAAAACACAUGAUAAGGAUUAAGGAAUUGUUUUGGUUUACGUUGUGGGUAUGACCAUAUUGUAUCCGGUUACCACAUUAAUGAUGCAUAUUAAUGGAAAACAUUUUAGAUUGUACCAUGUUUAGACUGUACCAUAGUGGCGUGUAACCUAAUGUAUUAGUUAUGAUUUGUGUUCUCAAACCUCUGUCCUUUUAUAAACUAGUUGGAUGCCUACCUAUGUGUAAGCCAUCAAAUGAAAACGGUCUCUGAAGUCAAGUUCCUAUCCUCUUGUUCUGAACUGGUUUGCCUUCUCCAUGUACUUUAUUUAUCUUGUGCCUUAAAUCCACAAAUAUUAAGAUAUUUUAAAGUAUAAAGAAGCUGUUACGGUUUCCAUGUUUGAGAAUUUCUACUUAUGUCUUUUAAAUAAUAAAGAGCUUUUGCUGUAUGCACAGCAAUACGCUGUAUAUUA